CAUCCAGCAGCCCCAUCCCCUCCCAUCCCAGUCUGGCCCAGAUCACCCUGUUCUGAAUGAUAGCGUCUCUGGGACAUUUGGCCAAAGGAGCCAGCCUGGACGAUCUCAUCGAUAGUUGCAUUCAGUCCUUUGAUGCAGAUGGCAACCUAUGUCGAAGUAACCAGCUGUUGCAAGUCAUGCUGACAAUGCAUCGAAUUAUCAUUUCCUCUGCCGAGCUGCUCUGAAAAGUGAUCAUCCUAUAUAAGGAGGCAUUGGCAAAGGAUUCACCAGGGCUUUGUCUGAAGAUCUUCUAUUUUGUGAGGUAUUGGAUAACAGAGUUCUGGAUCAUGUUUAAGAUGGACACCAGCUUGACAAACACUAUGGAGGAGUUUCAGGAACUAGUGAAAGCUAAGGGAGAGGAGAUACACUGCCACCUGAUAGACACAAUUCAAAUCAAUUCCCAUGACUGGUCCAGGAAACUUACUCAAAGGAUAAAAUCAAACAUCAAAAAACAGAAAGUCUCCCUGCUCUUUGACCAUCUGGAACCAGAAGAGCUGUCGGAGUACCUCACCUACCUUGAGUUCAAGUCCUUCCAGAAGAUAUCCUUCUCUGACUACCAGUAUUACCUGGUGAACAGCCGCAUGAAGGAGAACCCCACCAUGGGGGUGGGUAUAGCCUUGUGCAAUGGCAUCUCACAGUGGGUGCAGCUGAUGGUGCUCAGCUGCCCUACCCUUCAGCUGUGAGCUGAAAUCUUCAUCAAGUUCAUCCAGGUGGCUCAGAAGCUCCACCAACUACAGAAUUUCAAUACUUUGAUGGCUGUGACAGGAGGCCUAUGUCACAGCUUAAUCUCCAAGCUCAAGGAUACAAGUUCACAUAUCCUACAUGAAAUCAAUAAGGUCCUGGGUCAGAUGACCAAGCUGCUGUCCUCCUGCAGAAACUAUGACAACUACCGGUGAGCCUACAGGGAGUGUACCCACUUCAAGAUCCCCAUCCUGGGGGUGUACCUCAAGGACCUCAUCUCCCUGUAUGAAGCCAUGCCUAACUACCUGGAGGAUGGGAAGGUGAACGUCCAUAAGCUGCUGGCUCUUUACAAUCAUAUCAAUGAACUGGUCCAGCUGCAAGAGGUGGCCCCAACCUUGGAGGCCAACAAGGACUUGGUGCACCUGCUGAAGUUAUCCCUAGAUCUCUACUACACUGAGGAUGAAAUCUAUAAGCUUUCCAAUGCCAGGGAGCCAAGGGACCACAUAGCCCCACCACUAACACCUUCAAAGCCACCAGUAGUAGUGGACUGGGACUCUGGAGUAUCUCCCAAAUCUGAUCCAAAGACUAUAAGCAAAAAUGUCCAGAGGAUGGUGGAUUCUGUCUUCAAGAACUAUGAUCACAACCAAGAUGGAUACAUUUCUCAGGACGAAUUUGAAAAAAAUUCUGUGAGUUUUCCAUUUUUCUUCUGUGUGAUGGGCAAAGACAGGGAUUGCCUCAUCAGCAGGGAGGAGAUCACAGCCUACUUCAUGAGAGCAAGCUCAAUCUACUCCAAGCUGGGUCUGAGCUUUCCUCACAACUUCCAGGGGACAACCUACCCAAAGCCUACUUUCUGUGACAACUGUGCUGGAUUUCUCUGGGGAGUUAUCAAACAAGGAUAUGGAUGUAAAGACUGUGGAAUGAACUGCCACAAACAAUACAAAGAUCUGGUUGUGUUCCAGUUCAAGAAGCAUGCCAAGAACUCAGUAGCUUCCAUAGAGAACAGCACCUCUGUAGGGCCAACAUUCAACCUUUGCUCACUGGGAUCCCAAGAUUUGCUCCAUGCACCCAAGGAACGACCUUUCAUAUUCCCUAAUGGGGAGGCUGUGGAACAAGGUGAAGAAAGUAAGGAUCGGACCAUCAUGCUCACGGGGGUGUCCUCACAGAAGAUUUCUGUUUGGCUGAAGAGGAUCGUGGCCCACAAGACCACACAGAUGGAACUACUGCCCUGGAUUUGCAGCAAGGGCCCUUCUGGUCCUUUUGCACUGUCUUCCCCAUGGAAGACAGCCCAGAAUACUCUGUAUGUUCUUCCCAGUCUGACAUUUGCCUGUUCCAGCCCAGUCUUGGUCAGAAAGUGGGCUUUAGUCAAGUGGAAUAAUAAAGACUCCCUCAUAAAAUCAAAGAAGAAGGUCUGUCACCUCAGACUCCCAACCUAUGAAGAGCUGGAACAGGAUAUAAAUGUACUGAAAGCAGAUAAUGAUGCUCUAAAGAUCCAACUGAAAUAUGCAGAGAAGAAAAUAGAAAGUCUCCAACUUGCAAAAAGCAAUCGUGUCUUAGCUUGGACAGAACAAGGUAACUGCUCUUAGCCCAGAAACUCAAGGAGCACAAUCUGUGGAUGGGUGUAUCAGAGACCUCAUUUUGCAAGCCGAUUACCAGAAACACCAGGGAACCUUGGAGUGACCAGCUUUUAAAAAGGGUACUUUAAAAAAAGAAAAGCUACUCUUGUUUCCCUGUAUGUGGUAUUGUUUUCUCUUCCACUCAAGUUGAAUCAAAGGGAAGGAAAACUGAAGAAUGCAAUAUUGUUAUCAUUCAUAACAAAAACUUUUUCCUUUGAAACUAAUAGCAACAGUGUGAUAAAAAUGUAUCUAUAAUUUUUUGACAGGGUAGCUUCUUCGUAGCCUGCCCAGCUGCUUCUUCCUUAGAACUAAAAUCCCUGGAAAAUGAAUCCGCCUGGAGUUUUCUGUGAACUGAGGGAUUUACUUUGUUCUGUCCAAAGCUUGCUUAUAAUGUUAGAUUCACUUUGUCUACAUGCCAGCAUUCUUUAUGAACCUGGUUCCCAAUUCACUACCUCAAAUCUAAUCAGUUAGCCUUUCCCCAUACCUUCCUCACUACACUCAUACACCUGAGGACAUCUACCUGGAAAUGAACUUCCAGAGAUGUAGGCACAAAUUGUGGGGGGCCUGUUAAACAACAUGACAUUGUCCAGUAACAGAUCAGUUCAUAGUUUUAGUCUCACAGUCAUAAUAAAAUAAGUAACCAAAUUAAAUACCUGAAAACAUGGCCAAUACCUUCUCACAGAUGACUGGCUAAUUAGCUAAGCAUAAUGCAAACAUGUUUGUCCUCAUAUAAUCUACAGUGGACAGAAUUAGGACUCUAUGGCUGUUGUUUUUAAACAGAAUUCGUUUAGGUCUUUAUGUGCCAUCUUUACCCUUUUUGUUAAGUAUUUUAAGUAGUUUUGAGCUGAAUUUGUGCUUAUACUGCCUUCACUAUUAAUAUUAUUUAGACAUAAACCAAUUGGAUCAGAGCCUUCAAUAACAGCUGACAGAGUGUACAUAUGUAUAUUUAUAAUGUAUAUAUAAUAUCAGGCAUGCAUGUGACUUGGAUUUUUUUCUCCAUAAAAUGUGGAAGUGAAUUAAUCAACUUUUAGUCAUUUACAGAAAUUCACAAGUAUAAAGUUCAGUUUGUUAUAAGGUGAAUAAUUUUCUCACAAUGUAAAUUAUAUUGCUUGGCAAAAUCACAAGUAAGAGGCCUAUGGGUUAUCUAUUAAUGAAGGUUAAUGAUAUAUGAGCUAAUUUAGUUGUCCAGGCAACUGUUCAUAAACUCCUUUGUCAGACUCUCUA